AUGGACAGACCACCAAACUUCUGGUCUAAGGGGAGACCACCAGAGUUCAGUCUUGAAGCUGCUUCUUCAAAACCACAAGAAAAGUCACGGCUGGACUCCAGCCCCAGGGCCCAAGACCUCAGGGCCCAAGACCUCAGGGCCCAAGACCUCAGGGCCCAAGACCUCAGGGCCCAAGACCUCAGGACCCAAGACCUCAGGGCCCAAGACCUCAGGGCCCAAGACCUCAGGGCCCAAGACCUCAGGACCCAAGACCUCAGGACCCAAGACCUCAGGACCCAAGACCUCAGGACCCAAGACCUCAGGACCCAAGACCUCAGGACCCAAGACCUCAGGGCCCAAGACCUCAGGACCCAAGACCUCAGGGCCCAAGACCUCAGGACCCAAGACCUCAGGACCCAAGACCUCAGGGCCCAAGACCUCAGAGCGACACAAGAAGAAGAGCUCCAGAAGCUUCUGCAGGAUCAUAAACGGCGUCUGAUCAGCAGAUGUGGGAGUGUGGCCGAGGGAACAGAAGGAGCAGGAAGUACUCCUCUGAACAGCAUCUUCACUGAGCUGUACAUCACAGAGGGCCUCAGUGACACCACAGCCCAGCAUGAGGAGCAGAGGCUGAGGGAACUCUCCAAGAAGACUGCCCAGCAUGAGGAGCAGAGGCUGAGGGAACUCUCCAAGAAGACUGCCCAGCAUGAGGAGCAGAGGCUGAGGGAACUCUCCAAGAAGACUGCCCAGCAUGAGGAGCAGAGGCUGAGGGAACUCUCCAAGAAGACUGCCCAGCAUGAGGAGCAGAGGCUGAGGGAACUCUCCAAGAAGACUGCCCAGCAUGAGGAGCAGAGGCUGAGGGAACUCUCCAAGAAGACUGUGCAGGAAACCUCCAUCAGGUGUCAGGACAUCUUUAAAGCACUGCCCACUGAGGAGCAGCAGGGGGCGCCACAGUCCAUCAGAGCAGUGCUGACCUGCGGCGUGGCUGGAGUGGGGAAGACCUUCUCAGUCCUGAAGUUCUGUCUGGACUGGGCUCAGGGCUCAGAGAACCAGGAGCUGGAGCUGGUGGUGCCGCUGUCCUUCAGAGAGAUGAACCUGGUGAAAGGGCAGCGCUACAGUCUGAUGCAGCUCAUACAAGUGUUCCAUCCAGCGCUGGAAAAACAGACUCUCUCUCCACACUCUCUGUCCGUCUCUAAACUCCUCUUCAUCUUAGACGGCCUGGACGAGAGCAGACUGGAUCUGGACUUUGACUGUGAGCUCAUCUCUGAGGAAGGCUCGGUUGUGUAA